AUUUUCUUCCGUUUAAGCGGAAGUAAAAACUAACACAACAAAGAUGGCGGCGCCCGGAGAGAAAGCGUUGGAAACUACACACGUGGGGAAAAAGGAAAAGCAGUCUGCCAAGAGAUACUGGCAGGGCACUGAGGAAGAAGGGAAGGAAGAUCAUAAAGGACAGAAUGAAGGUAAGUCCAAGCAUGUUCUGCUACAGAAGGAGACCCCUGCAAGGAUGGAGGGGGCGAAAAAGAGACGAGAACGUGAAGAGGAAAGAGGAGGAAACAAAUUUAUAUCAGGGAAAUCAGACCCAUUCCCUGGUUCUGCACCUGUCCCAGAGGAGAAACUGAAAAAGUUCCAGAGAGGAGAAAAGGGGAAACUGCCUCCUCGACUGCAGUAUAAACUCAGAGAUAUUGUUGAUCGCUCAGAAGCAGCCUCAGAACUUGCUCAGAAACAAGCUGCACGCCAUGACCUUCUCCUUCCAGAGGAUGCUGGGUUCUUGGAGGGAGAUGAGGAUGAGGACACUUGCACCAUCUCACAGGAAGACAUUGCUGAUGCAGUGGAUAUAACAUCUGGGGCAAAGUACUUCAACUUGAACCUGUCUCAGUUUGGGCCAUACCGUCUCGAUUACAGCAAAACUGGACGACACCUACUGCUUGGUGGUAGGAGAGGUCACGUGACCUGUCUGGACUGGCAGUCUAAACAGCUGAUGUGUGAAAUGAAUGUGAUGGAGACAGUUAAUGAUGUCAAGUGGCUUCACAGUGAGGCAAUGUUUGCAGUGGCCCAGAAAAAGUGGCUGUAUAUCUAUGACAACAACGGCAUUGAGCUUCAUUGCAUCCGGAAGUUUAAUGAUGUCCUCCGCAUGCAGUUUCUCCCCUACCAUUUCCUGCUGGCUACAGCGAGUGCCACAGGUUUCCUGCAGUACCUGGACGUGUCUGUAGGAAAGGAGGUGGCAGCCAUCUGCACCAAGUCUGGCCGGCUGGAUGUGAUGAGCCAGAACCCCCACAAUGCCAUUAUCCACCUAGGCCACUCCAAUGGCACAGUCACCCUCUGGUCACCCAAUCAGAAGGAGUCCCUUGUCAAGAUGCUCUGUCACCAGGGUGGUGUGCGUUCAGUCACCGUUGACAAGUCGGGCACGUACAUGGUGACAUCAGGCAUGGACAAGAAACUGAAAGUGUAUGACCUCAGAGCAUUUAAGCCUCUCCAGUCCUACUUCCUGCCUGCGGGAGCUUCUUGUCUGUCUCUGAGCCAAAGGGGACUGCUGUCAGCUGCCACAGGAGACAUAGUCCAGGUCUAUAGAGAUGUAUGGAGCACCCCAGUGACAAAGCCUUACAUGGCCCACCGGGUGAGAGGGUCAGUGUGGGGCGUCCAUUUCUGCCCUUUUGAAGAUGUCCUUGGGGUGGGACAUGGAGAUGGCUUCACAAGCAUGGUUGUACCAGGUGCUGGAGAGCCUAACUUUGAUGGCCUGGAUGCCAACCCUUACCGGAGUGCUAAGCAGAGGCAAGAGUGGGAGGUCAAGGCUUUGCUGGAGAAGGUUCAGCCAGAGCUGAUAUGUCUGGACCCCGGAACGCUAAGCCAGGUUGACAAGGCCACUUGGGAACAACGGCACCAGGACCAGGUCCAGGCUCUGGGCUAUGACCCACAGACCAAGGAGAAGUUCACUCCCAGGCAUAAGACCAAAGGUCGGAGUUCAAGUGGAAAGGUCGAAAAGCGCAAGAAGCAAGUGGCUCAUGAGGACCAGAGGGAUGACAUCAGGAAAACGGUGGAAGACAGGAUGAAGAUGGAAAAGGAAAGGAAAGAAAAAGAGAAGAAAAAUACAACUUUCUCUGGACAGAAUUCUGCACUGGACAGGUUCAGGAAAUAGGACACAUUUUUUUGUGUUUGUGUUUUAUGUGAGCGAACACCUAACUGCCCUUUAAUGGACAAAUCUUUCGACUUUGGUAUAAAGGAACCAUUUGGAAGCUUGACACUUGGUCUUCCUGUGUGAAAUUGUGAUGGGGAGGAACACUACUGGGGUGUUGCUACGUUACCAUUAAUAGCCUAAACUAGGCCAUGUCAAUUUCCUGCACACGCCCAAGGGAUUUAGCAUAUUUUAUUUGCAGUAUCAACAGUUCUGUUUAUUGUUGAUGAACACAUUCAUGCUAUAAUAAUUUGUUAGAAGUUUGUUAGGAAUGCUAAAUGUACUCAAAUGAUAUUUUCUCAGAUUUCUGAAGGCUCUAUACAUUUAGUUUUUUUUGUUUUUCAGAUGUUUUCUGUCUGUAUUUUAUUGAACCUUUUAAU